CUCUCUUUCCCCUGUACUCCAUAAAGAUCCCCGAUAACGCACUCUUUAUCGCUGUCAUGGAGAAAUCCUCCCAAGCCGAGGGCCAGACCCCUCCUGCCUACGAGACUGACCCCCAGAGCCCGCCCUUCACGUACAUCAAGCCCCAGGCGCGUCUCCCCCACGACGCCAGCAUCGCCUUCGAGGAGUACCACUACUACGCCGCCCAGACACGCGAGGAGGAGCUCGCCCACGAGUCCCCCCAGCUCAACUGGCGCGAGCUGUUCAGCCGCAAGACGCACGCCGACGCCGAUGCGGCCGACCAGAACGUGGCGGAUCCGCAUCUGACCGAGAAGGACUUUGCCAAUGUCGAGAACCGGCUGCACAUCUCGGACGAGGAGUGGGCGAAUGCUUCGCGUGCCUUUCGCAGUGCUUCCUGGGGGGCUUGCUUCUAUCUCAUCACCACCGAUAUUCUGGGCCCGUACGGCGCCGGAUACGCCAUGGGCACGCUGGGCUGGGGCCCCGGCAUCGCGCUGUACACCGUCUUUGGCUUCAUGGCCGGAUACUCGGGAUACCUGGUGUGGCGCGUCUUCCUGGGCACCGACAGCUACCAGUUCCCCGUCAAGAACUACGGCGACCUGGCGUUCCGCACCUGGGGGUCGUCGGCGCGCUACAUCACCAACAUCUGCCAGGCGCUGGGCCUGCUGCUCAUCACCGGGCAGGUCACCAUCCAGUACGGCGAGAACAUCUCGCAGAUGUCGCGCUUCAAGCUGUGCUACGCCGUGUGCCCCGUCAUCUUCGCCGUCGCGGGCUUCUUCAUCACCCAGAUCCGCACGCUGCGCGCCUACGGCUGGGUGGCCAACGCCGCCGUCUGGCUGAACCUGCUGGUCAUCUUCAUCACCAUGGGCGUCAUCGCGCACUCGCCGCCCAACUACGCCAUCGCCACGCUGGGCUCCGCCGGCACCCUCGUCGACCCGGCCAGCAUCACGCAGCUGGCCGACGGCAGCUGGCCGCCCAUCAUCCACUACACCGGCAUGCCGCCCAACUCGCUCGUGGGCUCCAUCAACGGCCUGCUCUCCGCCGUGCUGGCCUACGCCGGCGUGCAGCUGUUUGUCGAGUUCCUCGCCGAGAUGAAACGCCCGCGCGACUUCAUCAAGGCCAUGUGGGGGGCCCAGUUCUUCAUCUACGCCGUCUACCUCAUCUACGGCUGCUUCGUCUACUACUACCAGGGCCAGUACAGCUUCAACCCCAGCUACAUGGGCGUCAGCAUCUACGGCUGGCAGACCACCGGCAACAUGAUCACCCUCAUCGCCGCCCUCAUCGCCGGCGGCCUCUACGGCAACAUCGGCAUCAAGGUCCUCUACAACAACAUCCUGCUCGAUCUCUGCAAGGCUCCGCCCCUCACCACCCGCACCGGCAAGAUCCUCUACGCCGUCCUCGUCCCCAUCUGGUGGAUCAUCGCCUUUGUUAUCGCCGCCGCCAUCCCAGACUACCUCGGUUUUGUCUCCGUCAUUGCCGCCUCCAUGCUCCUCAACCUGACCUAUACCUUUCCCCCGCUCUUCGCCCUCGGCUACGAUAUCCAGCGCAACGCCAUCCGCCCCGACCAGGGCGAGGGCUUCGAUCCUGCCACCGGCCGCGUCACCCGGCGCAAUUCCUCUUCCACACUCUCCCGUCUGCUGCGUGGCUUCUGCAGCGGGGGAGCCGCCCAGGUCGCCAUCAAUGUCUGCCAUGUCUUGUACUUUUUGGCUUCUCUUGCCAUGUGUGGCUUGGGAAUGUACGCCGCUGUUGAUGGCAUGAUUGUUGCGUUUGAAAUCCCCGAGUUGAACUCCUUCUCCUGUGUCUCGCCUUUGAAUCUGAAUGCUUAGAAAGUAGU